AUGUCUAAGUUGCGCCACCAAAACCCUGCCCGGUCUGAAUCCUCUAUCCACACCAGCGAUCUUGGGACGGACGUCGUCGGUCCGGCCCAUAUCGUAUUACAGAACAGGCGCAUCAGUUGCUCAGAUGAACUUUGGGCUUCUUUCGAAUUGCCCAGUGUCCAUGAGCCUCGCCAGCUUCAAAGAUUUGACAGGAACAGAAAGUCAAUUGAUUUCAUUCCAUCCCUGAAACAGCGAUCUACACCAUACACGGAACUCGUUUCAUAUCCCACCCGUCGAACGCGUCAACAACCCUUCGAAACUUCAAACCGAAUCGUCCGUUACCCGUUAACUACAUCACCCUCCAAAAUGUCCCAUCGUCAAUAUAAGGAAGAACCUGGCAAUGCAGUGAACAAUGAACACGUAAGUACACAAUCUACUGUGACUUUGACAUCGUAUUGCAUAUCCGAUGAUCGAUCAUAUUAA